UGCAGCGAGGCGUCCGCACCUAAUUCGUGCCUUCGAAUCCCUCUGCUUUCCCGUGAGGGAUGGACUGAGCGCAACAUCCAAGUCUCCGUUCAUCCGAUUCCCCCUUUAAUUUAUAUCCUUGCGGCAAGGCGCUUCGACUGCAUCUCACUUCGUCCUUGAGCUAGAAAUCAACUGCUGCUGCUAUUCUUCUUUUAAGAUGGCGUUCCCUUACCUGGAAGCCGUGUUGGGCUUUAUGAUCUUCAUGUACUUCUUCGAGACAUACUUGGACAUUCGGCAACAUGCAGCUCUGAAGUUAACCAACUUGCCUAAGCCACUCGAAGGAGUAAUUAGUCAAGAAAAAUUUGAAAGAGCUCGAGCAUAUAGCAUUGAUAAAAGUGGUUUUCACUUCAUCCAUGAAGCUGUCACUAUACUGAUGGACACUGCAAUUCUGUAUUUUGGCAUAUUACCUUGGUUUUGGAAGGUAUCUGGAAACUUAGUGGCCUACUUGGGCCUAGACGCAGAAAAUGAAAUAAUGCACACACUGUCAUUUCUGGCGGGUGUUAUGAUUUGGUCACAGAUAACAGACUUGCCAUUUUCUCUUUAUUCUACAUUUGUUAUCGAGGCGCGCCAUGGAUUUAACAAACAAACAGUAUGGCUCUUUUUCAGGGACAUGUUUAAGGGAAUUUGCCUCUCCAUCUUACUUGGCCCCCCAAUUGUGGCUGCAAUUAUUUUCAUAGUUCAGAAAGGAGGUCCAUACCUGGCUAUAUAUCUUUGGGCUUUUAUGUUCGCUCUCUCCCUCGUGAUGAUGACACUUUAUCCUAUUCUAAUAGCUCCUCUGUUCAAUAAGUUCACUCCUCUGCCUGAUGGAGAGCUCAGGGAGAAAAUAGAGAAGCUUGCAGCCUCACUGAAAUUCCCUCUUAAGAAACUCUUUGUAGUUGAUGGAUCUACAAGGUCAAGCCAUAGCAAUGCAUAUAUGUAUGGAUUUUUCAACAACAAACGGAUUGUUCUUUAUGACACUUUGAUUCAACAGUGCACAAAUGAGGAGGAGGUAGUUGCAGUUAUCGCUCAUGAACUUGGACAUUGGAAACUCAAUCACACUAUGUAUUCUUUCAUUGCUGUCCAGAUUCUCACAUUUUUGCAAUUUGGAGGUUACACACUAGUGAGGAAUUCAAAGGAUCUCUUUGAAAGUUUCGGCUUUGAUACUCAACCUAUACUUAUUGGUCUCAUCAUAUUUCAGCAUACUGUUAUACCCCUCCAGCACCUUGUGAACUUUGGUCUAAAUCUUGUGAGCCGAACAUUUGAAUUUCAGGCUGAUGCAUUUGCCAAGAAACUGGGUUAUGCCAAGGCACUUCGUGCGGGCCUCAUAAAAUUGCAGGAGGAGAACCUCUCUGCCAUGAACACAGAUCCAUGGUACUCGGCUUACCACUACUCCCAUCCUCCGCUAGUUGAAAGGCUCGCAGCUAUUGAAGAACCUGACAGUAAGAAAGAGGACUAACUAACAUCACCAACCCUUACCUUCCUCGGCAUUAGACUCUUACCAUCAUACACAGUGGGACAUAGUCAUCUCCCCCAGUAGGUUUUGGUUCAAAACAAGUCUUCUGUUUUAUUCUGAGACAGUGCACCUUUGAAUAGAAUUUUGCAGACAAAGCUGAGAUCUCGAGUGUGCGCGUGGUAUUUAUUUGUGUUCUCAUUCAGAUUUAUCUUUUU